AUGACCCUUCACAGUAACAAUACAACUUCUUCCUCAUUUGCUAACAUCAGCUCUUCCUGGAACCAAGGCACCUCGAGCCCAGGGCUUCCCCCUCGCUAUGGCAGCUACAACGUCUCUCAAGCCUCGGAGGCUUUUUCCAACAACGUUACAAGUCACGAUCCUCUCGGUGGUCACACUGUCUGGCAAGUGGUCUUCAUCGCCUUGUUAACAGGUAUCCUCGCCUUGGUGACCAUCAUCGGCAAUAUUCUGGUGAUCGUGGCAUUUAAAGUGAACAAGCAGCUUAAAACGGUCAACAACUACUUCCUCCUGAGCUUGGCUUGUGCUGAUCUGAUUAUUGGUGUUAUUUCCAUGAACCUUUUUACCACCUACAUCAUCAUGAACCGAUGGGCUUUGGGGAAUUUAGCUUGUGACCUCUGGCUCGCUAUUGACUAUGUGGCCAGCAAUGCUUCCGUCAUGAACCUUCUGGUCAUCAGCUUUGACCGGUACUUUUCUAUCACGCGGCCACUCACGUACCGAGCUAAACGAACAACCAAGAGGGUUGGUAUGAUGAUUGGCCUUGCUUGGAUCAUCUCCUUCGUCCUUUGGGCUCCUGCCAUAUUGUUCUGGCAGUACUUUGUUGGGAAACGAACUGUUCCCUCGGGGGAGUGUUUUAUCCAGUUCCUCUCUGAACCUACCAUUACCUUUGGCACUGCCAUAGCUGCCUUUUAUAUGCCGGUCACUAUUAUGACUAUUUUAUACUGGAGGAUCUACAAGGAGACUGAGAAACGUACCAAAGAGCUCGCGGGACUGCAGGCCUCCGGGAGCGAGGCGGAGGCGGCCCACUUUGUUAAUCCGACGGGGAGCUCCAGGAGCUGCAGUAGUUACGAGCUGCAACAGCAAACUCUAAAACGCUCCACCAGGAGGAAGUAUAGCCGCUGCCAUUUUUGGUUCACGACAAAAAGCUGGAAACCCAGUGCCGAGCAGAUGGACCAAGAGCAUAGCAGCAGUGACAGCUGGAACAACAACGAUGCUGCUGCCUCUCUUGAAAACUCUGCCUCCUCUGAUGAGGAAGACAUUGGCUCAGAGACUAGAGCCAUUUACUCGAUCGUGCUCAAACUCCCGGGUCACAGCACCAUCCUGAACUCGACCAAAUUACCCUCAUCGGAAGACCUGCAAGGAUCAGAGGAGGAUCUGCAAAAAGCUGACUUAGAGAGAAAACCUAAUAAGCUGCAAGCCCAGAAAAGCAUGGAGGAUGGAGGCAGCUUUCGGAAGAACUUUGCCAAGCUUCCCAUUCAAUUAGAGUCAGCUGGGGACACUGCCAAGACAAGUGAGGCUAUUUCCUCUGUUGCUAAGACAACGGGGGCUCUGCCUCUCUCCUUUAAGGAGGCCACCCUGGCCAAAAGGUUUGCCCUGAAGACCAGAAGUCAGAUCACUAAACGGAAAAGGAUGUCCCUCAUCAAGGAGAAGAAAGCAGCCCAGACCCUCAGUGCAAUUUUACUUGCCUUCAUCAUCACCUGGACUCCAUAUAACAUCAUGGUCCUGGUGAACACCUUUUGCAAUAGCUGCAUCCCUAAAACCUAUUGGAAUCUGGGCUACUGGCUUUGUUACAUCAACAGUACCGUGAACCCCAUGUGCUAUGCACUGUGUAACAAAACUUUCAGAACCACAUUCAAGAUGUUGCUGCUCUGUCAGUGUGAUAAAAGGAAGAGGCGCAAGCAGCAAUAUCAGCAAAGGCAGUCGGUUAUUUUUCACAAGAGGGUACCACAGGAAGCUUCAUAA